AUGGGGCCCCCCACGAGUCAUCUGCUGGCUGGCCUGUGUGUCUGGGUGGCUUUGGGUGGGGUCAGGGGCUCAGCCCCCGACCUGGGUGCUGCAGAGCAGGAGCAGGAUCACUACCUGGCCCAGCUGUUUGGCUUGUACGGGGAGAACGGCACGCUGACUGCGGGCGGCCUCGCGCGGCUGCUGCACAGCCUGGGGCUGGGCAGAGUACAGGGGCUUCGCCUGGGACACCCCGGCCCUCCACCCGGUCGGGUCGCACCCCCAGCUGGAGACAACUCCACGCACAGGCCGCAGGACCCCACGCUGGAUGUGGAUGUCUGGGCUGGGCUGCCACUGGGCCCCCCGGGGUGGAGUGACCUGAAGGAGAAGGCCCCACUCCCGCCCCGUGGGCCGGGCCCCUCGGGCCUAGGCCUCUUUCACAGGCUGCUGCUGCUGGACCACUCACUGGCUGACCAUCUGAAUGAGGAUUGUCUGAACGGCUCCCAGCUGCUGGUCAACUUCGGUCUGAGCCCUGCUGCUCCUCUGACCCCGCGCCAGUUUGCCCUGCUGUGCCCAGCCCUGCUUUAUCAGCUCGACAGCCGUGUCUGCACCCAGGCUCCGGCCCCAAGCCCCCCAGGGGACCUGCUGUCUGCCCUGGCCCACAGCUCGCUGGCUGUGCUGCUGCUCAGCCUCCCGGCGCCCCUCUCCCUGCUGCUGCUGCGGCUCGCGGGGCCUCGCCUGCUGCGGCCCCUGCUGGGCUUCCUGGGGGCCCUGGCCGUGGGCACUCUCUGUGGGGACGCGCUGCUGCACCUGCUGCCUCAUGCACAAGCAGGGCAGCACGCCGGGACCGGCGGGCCCCCGGAGGAGGACCUGGGCCCCGGGCUGUCGGUGCUCGGGGGUCUCUUCCUGCUCUUCGUGCUGGAGAACUCGCUAGGGCUUCUGCGGCGCCGACGGCUCCGGCCAAGCUGCUGCAGGCCACACGGUCGGCACCCCGAGACCCCGAAUCCGGACCCAGAGGACGGCAGCGGGGUGGCCCUCCGGCCCCUGCGCGCGGCUCCAGAGGCGGAGGCUCAGGGCCAGGGGGGGCCGGACGGCGGGCCCCCACCCGGCCCCGGCGAGGGGAGCCCCCAGCCGGGAAGUGGGCCCUGCCGAGGCCGCGACGGGCAGCAAGAGGCAGCUGAGAGCGAGAAAGGCGCCGCCUUCUCCGACAGCUUCUCCAGCGGCCUCAGCACCACCCUGGCGGUCUUCUGCCACGAGCUGCCCCACGAACUCGGCGACUUCGCCAUGCUGCUGCGGGCCGGGCUGCCCUUCCGGAGGCUGCUGCUGCUGAGCCUGGUGUCGGGGGCCCUGGGGCUGGGCGGCGCGGCCCUGGGGGUGGGGCUCAGCUUGGGCCCCGCCCCCCUCACCCCCUGGGUGUUUGGGGUCACGGCCGGGGUCUUCCUCUACGUGGCCCUCGUGGACAUGCUCCCAGCCCUGCUGCGCGGGCCCGAGCCCCUUCCUCUGCCCGAAGCGCUGCUGCAGGGCCUGGGCCUGCUGUUGGGCGCCGGCCUCAUGCUCUCCAUAGCCCUGCUGGAGGGGGGGCUGCCGCCCCUGCUGGCCGGCUGA